UAAAAUUGUCAAUAAAGUUGUUUUGGACGCACUGCUUCUAUGCUUUCUUUUCUUGACAGGAGUUUAAGUCAUUUUUGACCCUCACUUUCUACACAUAGAUGGGUGUUUUUUGAUCUCACAGAAUAGGAUAUGUAGGACCAAGAAAUGCAUUAUAGAGAAAUGUACAACAACUGUGUUGUGUCAUUUAUGAUAAUCUCUUGACCAGCAGAUCGCAAGAAUAGAAACUUUGGAUACUUAUUCUCUACUUCCUCCUCCUCUAUGACUGAGGUAUUGAGAGUGCAAACUGCCUCCACCAUAGAAAUAACAGAAGAUGCAAACCUAAGGAGCAAAUGCAAUACUGUGGAUCAUACACUGGGGAGUUAAAGUCUCAGGUCUCAAGAAGUUAAAGGUGUGAUGACGGAAAUCAUUGAGAAGACAGACUAUACUAACCUCCUUUGGAUUAUACCCUUUCAAAAGACUGUAUUUCCUAAUUUGAAACUGGAAAGAAUCCAAAAAACUAUAUGUGGCUGAUUGAUGUGAGUUAUAGCCUUACAAAUUCUUGAUCAUUUGGUGUGUAAAGGCUUGCCCAUAUUGGAUCACCCCCUUUUCUUUUGGAUUGUUUCUUACUUAUUUUUCCACAUGCGUGUUUGAAUUUAUAUACCCAGGUACAUACUUAUGAGAAGUACUGUCAGAAAUUUAGCUAUAAAUUAUGUCAAGUAAAAGGUAGACACUCAAUAAGGGGCAUUGACUGCUACUUUAAAGCCAAGGUGCAGCUACCACAAGAAGAAAAUGAAAAACAAGAAAAUGCAAACCAAAGGAAGAGGAGUUGGAGGAGAAAAUACAAAGAAGAAGUUACUGUAAAUGGAUAUCACUUUGAACUUUCAUGAGACUGCUCACUGAUGAAUCUCUGCGGUUACGGAGUGCUUUACGUUACACAACAUAUAGGAAAUCUGGUGUUUUUUAUGCUGAAAGAUUCAUAGAUGCUAUGCAAGCAUUUGAGAAUUUCAUAAUUGCAGCUAAAAGUGGAGGUGGGGAGAGUUUGAAUGGAAGAAUGGCAGAGCUUGGCAUUAUGCAAACUCAAACAAAUAGCGUAAUUCCUUUUCCUUCUUCAAGUGCUUAUCAAAUAGAGCAGCCAAUCCAAACAAGAGCAGCAUUAGCAUUUCUGCUCUCUGAUAAAGGGAUUUUUUUCCGCGAAUUCCUUUUGGAUGAGUCAUUUUUGUUGCAGAUCGUGGUUCAAAUGCUAAUUCAGAUUCACAUGUAGAUUUAUAUCCAGAUGAUUUUAGAUUUGUAAGGAAGUCAAAGUAUGUUGAUGAAGAAAGGGAAGAGAAUUCGAAAAAGCUGAAGGAGAAUAUCAGCUCAAUAUUAAAGAAGUUGUUGAGUUCAUAUUGUCAACAGCUGAGGUUUGCUUAAUUUUGCUUCAAGUUGUUGGUCAGAGGUUUGGUUUGUCAUCAGAAAAAUUGUGAAUGCUAACUAUACUUUUGUAUUUUUAGGAGAAUAAUAAAAUGAACCUUGAAUAGGGAAAUAAUAUGAUUGAUAAAACAUAUCCCAUUUUCUCGGUCA